UCAAAUCUAAGCAAGGAGCUUCAGUUUUGAAGCCAACGAAAAGAAUGAAUGGCGAUUGGUUCGAAUUGAGGUUGGAGAAGGGAAUAGAGGACGCAAUUUCUCGAACACGAUUCGCGCCCCACUCCAACAACCUUCUCAUAUCUUCUUGGGAUUCUACUCUUCGCCUCUACGACGUCGACGCAUCGCUCCUCCGACUUCAAGCUCCUUCGCAGGCUCCUCUUCUCGAUUGCUGCUUCCAAGACGACGUCGUUGCUUUCGCCGUCUCUUCAGAUGGAUUAAUCCGAAGGUAUGACUUGCAUUCAGGACUUGUUGAUACAGUGGGUUGUCACGAUGAUAUGGCAACAUGUAUUGGAUAUUCCAAUGAAACUUGUCAGUUGGUCACAUCUGGAUUUGACAAGAAGUUAUUGUUAUGGGACAUGCAUAUGGAAAAGGCUUCUUCGUGGCUGAGAAGUCUAGAGGCAGAGGUGAACUCCAUGUCUGUAUAUGGGUUUAAUCUUGUUGUAUCCAUUGGAGCAUCAGUGCAUGUUUAUGAUUUACGUAACUUUGACAAACCAGUUUUGUCAAAGGAAGCGUUCAAUGGAACACACUCAAGAUGUGUCAGUUCAAUUCCAAAUGCAGAAGGGUUUGCAGUUGGGUCUGUAGAUGGACGAGUAUCGCUGCAGAUUUCCUAUCCAUUCAGUUCAGAUGACAUUGGAUAUAUAUUCCGGUGUCAUCCAAAAUCAAAGGAUGGACGGCAUUACUUGGUAUCAGUGAAUGACAUUGCAUUCAGUCCACUUGUAUGUGGUAUUUUUGUUACUGGUGACAAUGAAGGUUAUGUUACCAUGUGGGAUGCUGGAAGUAAGAGAAGACUAAUGGAGCUGCCGAGGUGCUCAAAUAGUGUUGCAUCCUUGUCAUACAAUCACGUUGGAGAGCUUCUGGCUGUAGCAUCAAGCUUUACUUACCAAGAAGCAAAUGAAAUAGAAAAACCACCUAGUAUAUUCAUCCAUAAAGUGGACAACAUUGACAUGGGAUCGAUUUCUGCUGGAAGGAAAAGUUAAGCAUUUAUGGCUAUGCUUGCUAACGAAGGCAAGCGGUUAUUCCUUUGCAAUUUAUUUUUGAAACUGGAAUUUCUUAGGUUCUAUGUUGGCGUUUUUUCUUUCACUCAGUCAUUUGCCUGGUUUUCAUACUUUUUCUAACGUGAGAAACCUCCUUUGACGGAAUGAUCAUAAAAUGAUAUUCCCAUUGUAAAAAAUGCUUCAUCUGUACAAAUUCUCAGAAGAAGUGAGAUCGAAAAGGAUAAGUAGUUUAGGCAUGUUUUUCUUGUAUGCUGUGUUCGUUUGGACGGAUGCCACCGUUCUCACAUGUUUACGAAGACAGAUUGUAUAAAAUGCACGUAUUCUCUUUAGGUGAUUUGCGGCGAAAAGGGGAAGUGGAUUGUAGGAGUUAACAAUUAUUUCAUCCUUCUUGGGACUUAAAGAUUUGUUGGUGAUUAUUUCGUUUUACCA